CUAGCUUCACACAGGUACUGCCAUACAGGAGUAGAAGAGGUACCGGAGAGAAGCGCACGAAGGGAGACGGGGAUUGUUCAUAAAUAUCAACCAAAAACUCUGAAAAGGGAACUUUACGUUUCUAUAUAGGAUUUUUCUUUUCCAUUCUCUCGCAAUGGAAUGUCGAAAUGACGGGUGUCCCAAGACCCAUGAGGAGGACAUCAUGGACAUCCCCUUGGAUGACCCUGAGGCCAACAAGGCUGCUGCCAAGAUCCAGGCCAGCUUCCGUGGUCACAUGACUCGCAAGAAAAUGAAGGAAGACAAACCCAGGGAGGAGAAGCGACGGGAGCAGAAGUAGAGGAGAGAGAGGUGCCUCUACUGUGAGGUCGUGGAUCCUGGCAGAAACACACACGCUACUACAAUAUCAAGACCUCUUAUCAUGAAGAGAAAAAACGUCACCGUACCACACAAAUAGAACUAACUAGAUGUAGGUUUGGAGUACCCCCACUGAUCAGUGAACUCUCUCCUUCUCUCUAACACACACACACUCACACGCACUCUCUUGUUCACAAACACACUCCCUUUCCUCCACUAGUAUCAGGGUAGAUGUCUCUGACCCAAAAUAAUAUUUCACAGCAUGAUUUUUUUUUGUGCACUCAAGUGAAAAGUAUGUUUGAUGAAGGGUGAAGUGGGACUUUGCUCCUUCCAGAGCAAGUGUAAUGGCAAGGUGGUAAGGUAAUGGCAAGGUGUGGACAGUUGAUUUGGGGAAAUGUAUGUUUGUGCUCACUUAACUGGCUAUAUAAUCGUAUACAUUUUACAAUAUAAAAGUAUGCAUUUUCUAAUCUGACAGUUCAAUAACUUUUUUUAUGUGUGUGUUUUGUGUCACUCUAAUAAAGUGAAAUUGAUUGAAGUAGAAUUGAUAGAACUGCUCAGUAUGUAACAUAUUCAUUUAUGUUAAUGUUUCAUUAUUUAUGGCGGGAAGACCCAAUGGAACCAUUUUCUUUGCACUUACUCUUUUCUUUGACUUUCUUUCUUUGGUUGUCCCUGUAUAUAUAGGGACAACUGCUAAGUGUGAAAGUCUGUAUGGUGUUUGGCUGGCUUGAUUGCUGUGAAAAAUGAAUAAAUAGAGGAAUAACGAUUGAA